CAAAAAGCUGAUUCAUGCCUGCCCACAUUACAGUAAGGGAAAUUACCAAUUGAGAAACAAAAUUUGAAACGCCAGGUCCAGUACCUAAGACUGGAUCUCUUAACAGUGCUUCGUCAGCCCCGUUAUUUUUAACGUCUGCAUUAUUUAUUUAGCACGCUAACUAGCUAUAUCACACAGUUAUUAUUUAGGGGCGUCCCAUAAUGACGUCACAGAUAUCCUUAUCAACACAACGCUGUCAUUCUACGCGAUAGAUACCAAAAAGAGAAAAGAAUCAGUGCCUGCCAGCUAUAAGAAAUUGCAUUUUCGCCCUCAGAAACACACAGUUAGUCACCUGAUCCAGGCGCCAUUUUGUAAGAAUUUCCCAGCUGGUUACACGGAUAGCGUUUCUGCACUGUCGCUGGACACAUCAUCCUUGCCCGGCGAAGAAGCUGUUGUCGGCGCAGACUGGGGAGAGACGGAAUAGCAGCGGGUCGGCUACCCCGACAGAGACGCCCGCUUGCCCGUUGCUCUUGUCCCGCUGGGCAGCGACACGUAGCCAGCAACCAUGGCACUAAAGAUUGUCAAAGGGAGCAUCGAUCGGAUAUUUGAUAAAAAUCUCCAGGAUCUUGUACGUGGCAUAAGGAAUCAUAAAGAAGAUGAGGCCAAGUACAUCUCCACCUGCAUUGAUGAGAUCAAGCAGGAGCUCAAGCAGGAGAACAUUGCGGUCAAAGCCAACGCCGUCUGCAAGCUCACCUACCUGCAGAUGCUGGGUUAUGACGUCAGCUGGGCGGCCUUCAACAUUGUGGAGGUCAUGAGCUCCUCCAAGUUCACCUACAAGAGAAUCGGUUACUUGGCCGCCUCCCAGUGUUUCCACGAAGGCACCGACGUCAUAAUGCUGACAACCAAUCAGAUCCGCAAGGAUCUCAGCAGCCCUAGCCAGUACGACACGGGCGUGGCCCUCACUGGCCUUUCCUGCUUCGUGACCCCUGACCUCGCCCGGGACCUGGCCAAUGACAUCAUGACUCUGAUGUCUCAUACGAAGCCAUACAUCAGGAAGAAGGCGGUGCUCAUCAUGUACAAGGUGUUCCUGAAAUACCCAGAAUCCCUGCGCCCCGCCUUCCCCCGUCUCAAAGAGAAACUGGAGGACCCCGACCCCGGGGUGCAGUCUGCAGCAGUGAAUGUCAUCUGUGAGCUGGCCAGGAGGAACCCCAAAAACUACCUGUCCCUGGCACCCCUCUUUUUCAAACUCAUGACCUCCUCCACCAACAACUGGGUCCUCAUCAAGAUAAUCAAGCUGUUUGGGGCGCUGACGCCGUUGGAGCCUCGUCUGGGGAAGAAGCUGAUUGAGCCGCUGACAAAUCUCAUCCACAGUACCUCCGCCAUGUCGUUGCUAUAUGAAUGUGUCAACACUGUCAUUGCAGUGCUGAUCUCCCUCUCCUCCGGAAUGCCCAAUCACAGCGCUAGCAUCCAGCUCUGCGUGCAGAAGCUGCGAAUCCUGAUCGAGGACUCGGACCAGAACCUGAAGUACCUGGGCCUCCUGGCCAUGUCCAAGAUCCUGAAGACGCACCCCAAGUCCGUGCAGUCCCACAAAGACCUCAUCUUGCAGUGCCUGGACGACAAGGACGAGUCCAUCCGUCUGAGGGCCCUGGACCUGCUCUACGGCAUGGUGUCCAAGAAGAACCUGAUGGAGAUUGUGAAGAAGCUGAUGCUGCAUGUGGACAAGGCGGAGGGGACCACGUACCGCGAUGAGCUGCUCACCAAGAUCAUCGACAUCUGCAGCCAGAGCAACUACCAGUACAUCACCAACUUUGAGUGGUACAUCAGCAUCCUGGUGGAGCUCACCCGCCUGGAGGGCACGCGGCACGGGCACCUCAUCGCCUCCCAGAUGCUGGACGUGGCGAUCCGCGUGAAGGCCAUCCGCGGCUUCGCCGUGGCGCAGAUGGCCACGCUGCUGGACAACGCCCACCUGCUGACGGGCAACACGCAGCGCAACGGCAUCUGCGAGGUCCUGUACGCCGCGGCGUGGAUCUGCGGGGAGUUCUCAGAGCACCUGGAGGACCCCAUGCAGACCCUGGAGGCCAUGCUGCGCCCCCGUGUGGCCAUCCUGCCCGGGCACAUCCAGGCCGUGUACGUGCAGAACGCCGCCAAGCUGUUCGCAGCGGUGCUGUGCGGCCAGCAGGGGGAGCCGGCGGACGCCGAGGCGGCCCAGGAGAGCAGCCAGCUGCUCAUCGACAGGCUGCCCCUCUUCGUCCAGAGCGCCGACCUGGAGGUGCAGGAGAGGGCCUCCUGCAUCCUGCAGCUGGUGAAGUACGUGCAGAAGCUGCAGCAGAAGGGGGUGGAGGUGGAGGAGGAGCUCACCGCUCUGUUCGCCGGGGAGCUCAACCCCGUCGCCCCCAAGGCCCAGAAAAAAGUGCCCGUUCCAGAGGGGCUGGACCUGGACGCCUGGAUUAACGAGCCGCCGUCGGAGAGUGAGUCGGAGGAUGAGAAGCCGCGCGCCGUGUUCACCGAGGAAGAGCCGCGACACACCCGAACCCGACACACUGAGGUGGACGAGAAGGAGCUGGCCAGGCGGAGAGAGGUCAGGAAGCAGGAACAGGCCAGCAAUCCCUUCUACAUCAAGGCCUCGCCGACCUCCCAGAAGGGCUACCAGGAUGCUCCAGGGGUUGACCACAUUCCUGUGGUACAGAUUGACCUCAGUGUGCCUCUCAAAGUCCCAGGGAUGUCCACGUCAGACCAGUACGUGAAGAUGGAGGAGGAGCGCUGGCAGAAGGACAAGGCGGAGAAGAAGAAGAAGGAGAAAAAGAAGAAGAGGGAGAAGAGGGGCCGGGGGCGACGGGCGGAUUCGGGCCCGGAGAGCGAAGAGGACAUCACCCCCGCCCACAUGGUGGACAUCGUCACCGAGGAGAUGCCCGAGAAUGCCUUACCCAGCGACGAUGACGACAAGGACCCCAACGACCCCUACAGGGCUCUGGACAUCGACCUGGACAGCCUGGUCUCGGGAGGGAAGCGCAGGCCCCUGGCGGACAGCGAGAAGCUGCCGGUCAGGACCCACCGGCCCGCCAGCUCCCCGAAGAGCCCCGGGGACGAGGGUGAGGCGGAGCGCGUCCCGCUGGAGGAGCCCAAGAAGAAGGGCAAGAAAGACAAGCGGGAGAAAGAGAAGAAGGAGAGGAAGAAGAGCAAAGAGGACAAGAAGAAGAAGAAACAUAAACAGGACAGAGGGGAGGAGGCAGAAGAGGCCCCACCGGCAGAGGAGCCUGUCCAAUCAGAGGAGCUCAUCGAGGUGGAAGCCCCGCCCUCUGCCACCCCAGCGGAGGGCUCAGAUUUGGAUUUCUGGCUCUCCAAUGCAUCCGCCCCCCCUAAGACCCAGGAGGCGGAGUCAGCAGCAGCAGCAGCUCCCCCAGACUCCGCCCCCGAGGCUGCCCCAGUGUCCGAGCCCGAAGAGUCCAAAGACACAGAGCCGGAGGAGACCAAGUCCUCCAAGCACAGGAAGAAGAAACAGAAGAAGGAGAAAGAGGAGAAGGAUAAGAAAAAGAAGAAGAAGCACCAUCAUCAUCAUCACCACCAUCACCAUGGUGACGGGGGCGGAGAUGGGUCUGUGCAGAACGGCACGGUGGAGGAGGAGGAGCCACUGCCGCCCAUGUCCAACUACAGCCUGCUGGCAGAAAACUCUUACAUCAAGAUGAUGAAGGAGGAUGCUGAUGAGAUGUGUGACAUCCAGGGAAACCUGCAGGACGGAAGCCAGGUGGUGGUGUCGGUCAUCUUCGAGAACAAGUGUGACAGCUUCCUCAAGUCCAUGGAGUUCAACGUGCUGGACUCCCUCAACGCCAAGCUGCAGCGGCCGGAGGGGGCGGGGCCGCACGACGGCCUGACCGUGCCCUUCCAGCUGCCCCCAGGGGUCUCGAACGAGGCGCGCUUCGUCUUCUCCGUGGAGAGCAUCGUCACGCCCCAGAAGCUGAAGGGAACCCUCGCCUUCAUCGUCAAGUCUGAGGAGAGCUCCACCCACGAGAAGCUGGACUUCAAGCUGCACUUCACCUGCUCCUCCUACCUGAUCACCACGCCCUGCUACAGCGACGCGUUCGCCAAGCUGCUGGAGUCGGGGGACCUGAAGGGGAGCUCUGUGAGGCUGGAGGGGGUCAGCAUGCCCUUCCACCACCUGCUCGCCCGAAUCUGCUUCCACCACCACUUCUCCGUUGUGGAGAGGAUUGACUCCUGUGCAUCCAUGUACAGCAGAUCCAUCCAGGGUCACCACGUCUGCCUGCUGGUCAAAAGCACUGAGCAGACCGUGUCGAUUGAUGCAAAAUGUGACGAGUCUGCUCUUUUGGGGAAUGUCCUGGACGAGAUAAAGCAGACCUUCUCUCAGUGUUGAGUGUGUCCUCGGGAAGAUCAGAAACGCACAUGCACACACACACACACACACACACACACAGAGGCUGGUACACUCCCUUCCUCCCUAUUCCUCUUUUUUUUUU